AUGCGAGCCCGAAACAUCGUGGCCCUGACGGCCAUUGCCGUCUUCUGGUUCACCGUCCUGUUCCGCCGGCACAUCCACGAGCUGGGCGAAAUCGUCCUGACGUACAGCACAUUCUACCCGCUGCUGCAUAACCACCCCGACAUUCUGUAUCGACACCCGGAGAACGCCUCGUCCACCGAUCUCGAGUCAUCAUCGUCUUCUCUCGGCCCCGUCGUCGUGCCCAAAAUCAUCCACCAGAUCGCCCUGGGCAACGCCAGCGUCUCCAAGUACCAGGCCGCCAUCACCAGCUGCACCGAUCUGCACCCAGACUGGCAGCACCAGCUGUGGACCGACGUCAAUGCCACGGCUUUCAUCGCCGAGUUCUACCCCGACAUCCUGCCUCACUACACCGGCUACGCACAAAACAUCCAGCGCGCCAACAUCCUGCGCUAUGCUCUGCUGCACCACUCGGGCGGCAUCUACGUCGACCUCGAUGUCACCUGUCGUGUGCCUCUCGACUCGACGCCCAUUGUCCGCCUGCCGUACGUGUCUCCCGGCGCUCACCCGGCCGGCGUCAACAAUGCCUUUAUCGCGACGGAGCCCGGCCAUCCCUUCCUGACGCAGUUGCUGGAGAACGUGCCCAGCCAUGACCUGCACUGGGCGCUGCCGAUGCGCAUUCCCUACGUCGAGAACAUGCUCAGCACCGGCUGCAUGUUCUACUCCAACCAGUGGAUGUCGUACGUCCGUCACCUCAUGGAGGGCCGCCUCAGCCGCCCCGUCUACAUCCUGUCCGACGAGCACGGCGAUAUGGCGCCUCACAUGCUCCGGGGCAAGGUCACGACGCCCAUCUUUGUCCACGGCGGUGCCAGCAGCUGGCACGGCUGGGAUGCCGCCUUGUUCCUGACCAUUGGCGAGCACUAUACAUUCUACCUGGGCCUGCUCUUUGUGGUCCUGACGGUCUUCUUUCUGGGCGCCUACUUCUGGACCACGUCAAAGCGGUCGUAUCGCCGAAGAUGCCGCCUCUUUCCCUUUGGCCGCGUGGCCUCCCGAAGCAGCUGGUCACCGACGAGGGGGAGGAAGCCCAGCAUCAGCCAAUCCAUGGUGUAA